AUGGCUUUUGCAAACCCUCAAAGUCAAAGAGCGUCUUCUUCUUCAUCUUCUAUUUCUACUGGUGGAUGGAAUUACGAUGUUUUCUUGAGCUUUAUGGGUGAAGAUACCCGCCACAAUUUUACAGAUCAUCUCUACAGAGCUUUGAAUCGGAAAGGGAUUCGUACCUUUAGAGAUGCUGAAGAGCUACGAAAAGGAGAAGAGAUUGCACCAGAACUUUUAAAAGCUAUUGAAGAGUCAAGGAUUUGUCUCAUAAUUCUCUCGAAAAACUAUGCCCGUUCUAGGUGGUGUCUGAACGAACUGGUGAAGAUCAUGGAGUGGCGGCAGUCUAUGGGACAAUUAGUUUUUCCGAUUUUCUACCACGUGGACCCAUCCGAUGUGCGAAGACAGACUGGGAGUUAUGAACAAGCAUUUGAAAGGCAUGAAAGAAACCCAGACCAGAUACAAUGGUGGAGGGCAGCGUUGACGGAGGUGGCCAAUAUUAGUGGAUGGCAUUUACAGGAUGGGUCUGAGGCACUUGUUAUCGAGGAGAUUACUUCCACUAUUUGCAGGAGUUUAAACCGGGAGCUCUUACAUGUUGAAAAGAACCUCGUGGGCAUGGAUUGUCCUAGGAUGUCCUCUUCUUCUUCUUCUACUUCUAUUGGUCCAUGGGAUUAUGAAGUUUUCUUGAGCUUUAAGGGUAAAGAUACCAGCCACAACUUCACGGAUAAUCUCUAUGCAGCUUUAUAUCGGAAAGGGAUUCAUACCUUUAGAAUCGAUGAUCUACGGGGAGAAGAUAUUGCACCAGGUCUUUUGUACGCUAUUGAGAAGUCAAGGUUGGUUCUUGUAAUUCUCUCGCACAACUAUGCUCGUUCCAACUGGUGUUUGGACGAACUGGCGAGGAUAAUGGAGUGCAGGGAAGAAAUGGGAAAAAUAGUUUUUCCAGUUUUCUGUCAUGUGGAUCCUUCCCAUGUGCGAUAUCAGAAGGGCAGCUAUGGAGAAGCAUUCGCUUAUCAUGAAAGAAAUGGGUUUGGCCACAAGACACAGAGGUGGAGGGCAGCUUUGAGCGAAGUGGGUAGUCUUUCUGGAUGGCAUGUACAUGAUUGGUCUGAGGCAAAUUAUAUUGAGGAUAUUACUCACGUUAUUUUGAUGAGAUUUAGUCAAAAAAUCUUACAUGUUGAUAAGAAGCUCAUUGGGAUGGAUUAUCGUUUGGACCAAUUGGAAGAAAAUUUUCCUCAGAUUAUAGACCCAUUAUCAAAUGACGUUCGCAUGGUUGGGAUCUAUGGAUUUGGAGGAAUUGGUAAGACAACCAUUGCCAAAGUUUUAUAUAACCAAAUUGCCGCUCAAUUCAUGAUUGCUAGCUUUAUUGCUAAUGUUAGAGAGGACUCCAAAAGUCGAGGUCUACUUCAUUUACAAAAGCAACUCCUUCAAGAUAUUUUGCCAAGAAGGAAGAACUUUAUAAGCAACGUUGACGAAGGGAUCCAUAUGAUAAAAGAUAGACUAUGCUUUAAAAAGGUCCUUCUUGUGCUUGAUGAUGUUGAUGAUUUGAAUCAACUAGAAGCCUUAGCUGGUGAUCAUAAUUGGUUUGGUUUAGGAAGUAGAAUUAUUGUAACAACUAGAGAUAAGCAUUUAUUAGAGGUGCAUGAAAUGGAUGCAUUAUAUGAGGCUAAGAAAUUAGAUCACAAGGAAGCUGUUGAACUCUUUAGCUGGAAUGCGUUUAAACAAAACCAUCCCAAAGAAGAUUAUGAAAUAGUUACAAACUCUGUGGUGCAUUAUGUUAAUGGUCUUCCGUUAGGUCUUAAAGUUUUGGGUUCUUUCCUAUAUGGCAAGACAAUACAUCAAUGGAAAAGUGAAUUGCAUAAACUAGAACGGGAACCUAACCGAGAAAUUCAAUGUGUGCUUAUGAGAAGUUAUGAUGAAUUAGAUCGCACACAAAAGCAAAUAUUCCUAGAUGUUGCUUGCUUCUUUAAUGGAGAGGAUAAAGAUUUUGUUACAAGAAUCCUAGAUGCUUGCAACUUCUUUGCAGAGAGUGGACUACGAGUCCUUGGUGAUAAGUGCCUCAUAAGUAUUAUAGACAACAACAUAUGGAUGCAUGAUUUGUUACAACAUAUGGGAUGUGGCAUUGUUGGACAAAAAUUUCCUGAAGACCCUGGAAAAUGGAGCAGAUUGUGCUAUCCUGAGGUUGUAAGUCGUGUGUUGACAAGAAAAAUGGGAACAAAGGCAAUUAAAGGGAUACUCUUUAACUUGUCUAUACCAAAGCCGAUACACAUUACUACUGAAUCCUUGGAGAUGAUGAAGAAUCUUAGGUUGCUGAAAAUCUAUUUGGAUCAUGAAUCUUCUUCUAUGAGGGACGAUAAUAAAGUAAAGUUGUCCAAAGACUUUGAAUUCCCUUCUUCAGAGCUAAGAUAUCUCUAUUGGCAAGGAUAUCCUUUGGAAUCUUUGCCAUCAAGUUUUUUUGCGGAGGACCUUGUAGAACUUGAUAUGCGUUAUAGCAGCUUAACACAACUUUGGGAAAAUGACACGGUAUGA